GGCUGGUCCCAGAGCCCUUCCCGGCAGAGGGACUUGUAGCUGCAGUGGGGUUAUUUCUGCUGUGCUGCCUUGGAACAGCUGGGUUCUGUUAAAGCUUCAGCCCAGGCAUAUAAAAGAACAUGAGCAUCUCUCUGAGGCAGAGAGCAUUAAUGCAGUGGAUGGGAGGGGAGAAGUGUGGCUCCAGCCCAGGCUCAGCUGGAAGCCCAGCACCAUCCUAGCUCAGCAACACGGCCUGAGCUCUGCCACCAGCAGGGAGCUGCAGCCCUGGGGCGGCUGAGGCAGGGCACUGGAGGGAGGGCACUGUGUCCCCCUCGUCCCGCUGUGCCACGCCGCCGUGGUGAGCCUUCUCCCCCGGGAUGUUACCACUGGAGCCAGCACAGGCGUGGGAGCUGCUGGGGAGUCGUCGGUGCCUGGGAGCUGCAGGCUGGGCACAGCAGGAUUUCAUCUUCCAGAAGGAACUAUUUGCCACGAGAGACACAGAUCCCAUGCACAACCUGUCUGCUCAGCCCUGGCAGGCAAAGAUGGCCAACCUGACCUAUGACAACUUCACCCUGGGCAACCACUCCGAGGUGGCCGUGCAGCCUCCCACCAACUACAAGACAGUGGAGCUGGUUUUCAUCGCCACUGUCACCGGCUCCCUCAGCCUUGUCACCGUGGUGGGGAACAUCCUGGUGAUGCUCUCCAUCAAGGUGAACCGCCAGCUCCAGACUGUCAACAACUAUUUCCUCUUCAGCCUGGCGUGCGCAGACCUCAUCAUCGGGGUCUUCUCCAUGAACCUGUACACGGUCUACAUCAUCAAAGGCUACUGGCCACUCGGGGCCGUGGUGUGCGACCUGUGGCUGGCUCUGGACUAUGUGGUGAGCAAUGCCUCUGUCAUGAACUUGCUCAUCAUCAGCUUUGACCGGUACUUCUGUGUCACCAAGCCCCUGACAUACCCGGCCAGGAGGACCACCAAGAUGGCAGGACUAAUGAUCGCGGCCGCAUGGAUAUUGUCCUUCAUUCUCUGGGCCCCUGCCAUCUUGUUCUGGCAGUUCAUUGUGGGCAAGAGGACAGUCCCUGAGAGGGAAUGCUACAUCCAGUUCCUCUCCAACCCAGCGGUGACAUUUGGCACAGCCAUUGCUGCUUUUUACCUGCCUGUGGUCAUCAUGACGGUGCUGUACAUCCACAUCUCCCUGGCCAGCAGAAGCAGGGUAAGGAGGCACAAGCCUGAGAGCAGGAAAGAGAGGAAAGCCAAGUCCCUCAGAUUCCUCAAGGGCCCCGUGGUCAAACAGAACAACAAUAAUUCUCCCAAGAGGGCCGUGGAGGUGAAGGAGGAGGUGAGGAAUGGUAAAGUGGAUGACCAGCCAUCUGCACAGACAGAGGCCACUGGCCAUCAGGAGGAGAAGGAGACAUCCAAUGAGUCCAGCACCGUCAGCAUGACCCAGACCACAAAAGACAAGCCCACAGCAGAAGUCUUGCCAGCAGGGCAAGGACAGAGUCCAGCCAACCCCCGGGUGAACCCAACUUCCAAGUGGUCCAAGAUUAAGAUUGUCACCAAGCAGACUGGGACUGAAUGUGUCACCGCCAUUGAGAUCGUCCCAGCUAAGUCAGGUGCCUCUAACCACAACUCCCUGGCCAACAGCCGCCCAGUCAAUGUUGCCAGGAAGUUUGCCAGCAUUGCCAGGAGCCAAGUACGGAAGAAACGCCAGAUGGCUGCCCGAGAGAAGAAAGUGACCCGAACCAUAUUUGCCAUCCUGCUGGCCUUCAUAUUCACAUGGACACCCUACAAUGUGAUGGUCCUCAUUAACACCUUCUGUGAGACCUGUGUGCCCGAAACAGUGUGGUCCAUUGGCUACUGGCUCUGCUAUGUCAACAGCACCAUCAACCCAGCCUGCUACGCCCUCUGCAAUGCCACUUUCAAGAAAACCUUCAAGCACCUUCUCAUGUGCCAGUAUAGGAACAUUGGCACAGCCAGAUAAACUGGUACUCAGGGACCACUUCGGUAACCUUACGGAAACCCUUCCCUUUGCCUCCUUUGCCAGCGGGGGUUCUUCUGCUCCCCACUCACAACAGUGCAGACUGUGCAGUGAUUGCAGAGGAUGACCUUCAUCCAACGCUGACAAAAAUCCAAGGCAUUUCUGAGCUGCAGGUCUUCCAGUCACCCUGGGCCUGGGGAGUAGCUCAGGGAGCCAGUGGGAGAGCCAGAGGCAAGAGGAGGUGUGGUCACCAGGAGCCCUUCCCAGCUCCAUGCUCUUGAGAUUGGCCAAAUGGCAUCAGUGUUUCUCCUAAGACUGGAUGUACCUUUUUCCCCAGCUGACCAACUCCAAGGCAUCAGAGCUUGUCUGCAUGCAGAUGGGCUAAUGCUGGAUGCUUUCCAUUGGCUUAUAAAGCGUUAAUUACCCAAGAAAUGAAAAGAAACCAGGGUCAAACAUUUGCUAGACAUCUUGGGCCAGGCUGACUCAGGCAGGCUAAUGGGGAGUCCUGCUGGCCCAGCCAGGCUCCCUUUAAAGGCAGUCAAGAUUGGACUCUAACAUAUGUGGCAAGAUGCUCCCUUUCCCUUGAGAAUGCCAUUGGACAUCCUCAGCCAGGGUCGUGGGACAGAAUUUUUCCCUGGGCUCUGGUUCUGCUCUCCCCUUCUCGUCCUUUCUGCCCUCAGACAGCAAUUUGCUGGAAAGACAGACAGACAAACCACACAUUUCACUCCUGGGUAAGGAGUGUGAAACCCGGUUGCCUCCGACAAUGAUGGAAACUAAAACUGCAAAGAAAAGCCCUGGUGUGGUGCAGGACUUCGUUCCACAGCCCCGGGGGAAUGGGGCCCCUGAGUAGUGGGUAGCAGUGACUGUGAAAAUAACUGUCCUUGGGAGAGACAGGGGAACCUGGGGGUCUCAGAAGGGUGGGAAGAGGGUCUGCAAUGUGGCCAAGGUGCCCUGUGUCUCAUCUGGGCCAUGAGCAGGUCCCCACUCUCCCCACAGUGGGUGCAGGAGGCCUGAUGCAUGGCUCUGAAGGCAGGAGAGGAUGACGGUGGCCUCCAGCCCUGCUCCUGCCCUGAGUGCAGGGGGCUCCUCCGGGGAGGCCGAAGGAGCCGGUUGCUGAGCUUUGUAAAUGGAUGUAACGCUGUCAUGGGUGUUGUGGCAGAGCCCUCAGCAUGCGGGCUUCAGCCAGCGUCUCCAGCCUCCUCCCAGCCGAACCGUGUGUGCAGCCCAGAGCGCCCUGGGGCUGCUCCCCAGCUUCUCCCAAAGCCAGGUGCAAGCCUUGGUGGAUGCACCCAGGUGCAGGCAAGGGAUGGGAUGGGGGGGGGCCACUCUAGCACUGGCAAACUCUGUGUCCGUAUGUCCUUCCUGUCUUCAUGCCAGGGUGCAACCUGCAGAAAGGCUGCCCCAACCCAGAUGGGAGCCCCUCCAUCACUGCCUUUAGGGGUACCCAAAACGGCUGGUGGGUUUCUGGGUAUUUUUAAAUGGUUACAACUGCAGCCCAACACACCCUAAGACAAAUAAAGACCUUGGACCAGGAAACUAAUGUCCAUGGUGUGAGGAAUGAAUGAGUCAUCACCCGGAUGGCUCCUUCCCUGCUUCCCAGUGUCACCCCCUGGUGAUAUUUCCUGCUGCCCAUCCCUUCUGCCAAGCAUAAGGGGGGGGCACCCUGAAGCGUUGUUGCAAAGAGGCUGUGAGGUCUGAUGCUUUGUCCAGGACCAUGUGCAUGUGGCACCCAAGCCAGCUGCAUGGUAACUUCACUGCUGGUGCCUGUAGGGUCA